AGGGGAAAUUUAAUCGCUCCAUAACGGGCCAAAGGCUCAUCAAUUGACUGACGAGCAAGAAGGACGAUUUUCGGAUCUUUGCUGCAUCAAUUCGCUUCUUGCAGCGUCAGUUGCCAAAAAGUUACUUUUUUCUUUGUUUUUACACGUGGGACUAUGUUGUUAAACUAACUGAGUUGAUUAGAUCACGUGUUGCACCUUUAAGAAACAGUCAUCGGGAUUACAAUUACGCGCUGCCCACACCGUUAUCGAGGGCUUUUACGCAGUACCGAGUCCUGGGGAGUCCCUCGCAUCCGCUUCUGUCCUUUUCUUUCCGCACACCAGUUUACAUCGCAUAGUUGUUUAUUGGGGAUUCGGAGCAGUAAAGAACGGUAAAAUGGCUGAGGAGCAGGGAAAAACGGGGAAAGGGAUCAACACUGGGAAACUGGCCACCAACAUGCAGAAAAGACUUAGCAGGGCGCAAGAAAAGGUCCUUCAGAAGCUGGGUAAAGCUGAUGAGACCAGGGACACAGCGUUCGAGGAGGGCGUGGCUAACUUCAACAAGCAGAUGGCCGAGGGCACCAAACUACAGAAAGACUUGAGGGCCUACCUGGCAGCAGUUCAAACCAUGCAUGAUGCGUCCAAGCGUCUGCAGGACUGUCUGGCGGAUAUGUACGAGCCAGAGUGGUUUGGCAAGGAGGAGGUGGAUACCAUCGCAGAGGAGACAGACAUCCUGUGGUCAGAUUACCACGACAAGCUUGUGGACAAUUCCAUGAUCGCCAUGGAUACCUAUCUGGCCCAGUUCCCUGACAUUAAGGCACGCAUCGCUAAGCGGGACAGGAAGAUGACCGACUACGACAGUGCGAGGCAUCACUUUGGCUCCCUACAGAAGGGCAAGAAGCAGGACCAGGCCAAGAUCGCCAAGCCGAUGUCUCUUGUGGAGAAGGCUGCCCCAGGUUGGGCCCAGGGGAUUCUGUCAGCUCAUCAAAUAGCCCAAACUAACCUGACCAGAAACCAGGCAGAGGAGGAGUUAGGGAGAGCUCAGAAAGUAUUUGAGGAGAUCAACGUAGAUCUGCAGGAUGAGCUUCCACAGCUGUGGAACAGUCGUGUUGGCUUCUAUGUUAACACAUUCCAGAGUAUGGCUGGAUAUCAGCAGAGGUUCCACAAAGACAUGGGAAAGCUGAACCAGGACCUGAAUGAUGUCAUGACCAAACUGGAUGAGCAGAGGCUGGCCAAAAAGGCAGGUAAAGACUGGAAGCCUGGACCCAAGAAGAGUGAGGCAGCCGCCGCCAACCACAGCGUUACCCCAGACGCUGCACCCAAGACGAGGCCGGCACCCCCUGGACCCGCCCCUGUACGCCCGCCCCCCAGCCCCAGACCCUCGUUGACUCCAGCUCCAGACACGCAACAGGACAUAAUCUCGUUCGAUGGCGAAGCACUGGUUCCCGACGCUAACACAACCACACCGUCACAGGCAACCGCACCGUCACAGGCAACCGCACCGUCACAGGCAACCACUCCGUCACAGCCGCAGGCGGCUUCCUGGGACUCAUGGGAGACUGACACUGCUGUGGAGGCCGCUGCAGGGGCUGCAACCACUGCGGUGACCAAUGGGUCUUCUGAGGUGCUGCCGGCUGGAGUCAUCUACAAGGUCAAAGCCAUGCAUGACUACGCUGCCACCGAUGGAGACGAGCUGGAGAUGAAAGCAGGAGAUGUUGUGCUGGUCCUGGCCUGGGAGAAUCCUGAUGAGCAGGAUGACGGCUGGCUCAUGGGCGUGAAGGAAUCUCAUUGGCUAGAGAACAAAGACCUCUUGGCAAAAGGAGUCUUCCCUGAAAACUUUACCCAGAAGUUGUGAGCCGGACGUCCCAUCCAACCUGCACUCCCCCUUCCCCUCUCAUCCCUUUUCCGUCCUUUGGGACAUCUGCCAGGAUAGAAACAAACCAAAACCACAAUCUCAAUCCUUGACCCAUGUAUCAAAUGUGCUGGUAUAUUUUAGCAGAUUCGCACGAUUAUUGUUUUGACUUGUUACAUUUGACUACGUAAUGUAUGUGUUUUUGCUAAUGCUAAUGUGGUCAGUAAUGUAUUUAUGCUAAGCUAAUGUGGCCAGUAGAAACAAAGAGUAUGCUAGUUUCAAUGAAAAAGUAAUGGAUGUCAAGACUGCUUGAACACCUUUUGACAUGUCAUGUAAAAAAACAACAAAAAAAACCAUUAAGAGUUGCAUGAUCAUUUUACUGUAGUCAUUGACUUUGUAACAACAUCACACUCCUAGACAGAGAUUGGGACUGCUCUGGUAUCAGUCCUUCAGUUCUGACUGUGAUGAGACAAAAUGUACCGGUACUGGAUCAGAACCUUGGGGCACACCACACCAGAUUAAAGCAAUGUGACCUGGGUCAUGUUCGGAAUGGUACUCUACAGCAAAACGUUUUGCAAUGGAAAAAUAAAAAAUCUCUGUUCUUAUUGGACAUUUCAGGUAGUAUACCUCCACAUUUACCCUACUGGCUCUGUUGUCGUUAACUCUUAAGUCUAUACUUUAUGUCUGCAUCAAACUUUAAGUCACUAUUAUUCUAUUUUAAAAGACUCCGUAGCUGUUCUGAAACCAUGUGAUCUUAUAUCUGUGACCCGUUUAAUGUAUCAUUUGCCCCUGAGAAGUGUGCUCCCUAGGCUGUCGCUCUGCUAAGAUCAAUGUUUUAUCUAUUGUACUGUCCCUCUCACCACCUUUGUAUUGCACUGUCCCACUUGCCACCUUUAUGUAUUCUACUGUCCCUCUCUCCUAAGCAGUAGUUGAAGGGAAAUAAAGGAAACCCAGCCUUUGCUCUCUCCCUUAGAGAGAAAUCUCUCAGAGAUUGGGUCAGUGGUCAGGAGUCAGGACACGCAUCAGAAACAGGCUCCCUAGAUCUGUGUAUUUUUCUAUCAAUCCCUCUCCUGUGAAAGAGAUUCCUGGGACAUGUGUUAGGGAAUGGUGUGCAGAAGCCCUGCAGGGUUGCAACCAUAUACAUGGAAUCAAUAGAAAGGGCUUUGAAGUUGAAACCUCUAGCCCUGGCAAUUUGACUGGUAAACUCAUGUGUGCAAUGGCUGCCAGUCCACCCACUAUGCCAUCAUUGACUUGAAUGAGGAAGCCUGUUCUAUGGAUUCUAUUUCUAUAGUUGCGACAACUUUUGUGAAACACUGGAUAACUAAAGCAAGAGCAUAAUAUGCUCUCAACUCUGUGGUAUUGGUUUCAUUAGAACCUCAGAUUAUGGCCUGGCUCUGAGUGGAGUGAAGCCUGUCGAUAAUGGCUCAAUCAUAAAAUCUACACCUAGCUGUCUGUAUUAGAAUAUGUUGAUAAGGGCUAGAGGCGAGGGGUAAUUAACAAACAGCAUGUUCAGAAGAGUUUUAAAACUGUGGUCAAUGUUCUGAUCAAAAGUAAGGCAACUAUUUAUGGGUGUCAUACAAUUUCUAUGUAACAAUCCAUACAAGUAUUCAAAGAGCCCUGAAACAAAUCAUCUCAAUGUCCAUUGUGUCCUGCUGAAAACCAAAGUUAAACUCAGUCAAAUUAAGCCUAUGGGAUGUACUGUGUUCAAAUCCUAGAUGUAGCUGAAAAUCAACACCUGUGUGAACACACUGUGACUGUAUGUUAAAAAUAUCUCUCAGUGGAAAGUGAUCAAGCCUGUAACCGACAGUCUUCUUUACAACAUUAAAGAUGGGUUCAACAUCA